CACACAUUCAUACUAUAAAAGCGAGUGUGUGGCUGUGUAUGCCAGAAAACACAGGCUGUCGGAGGGGCCGUGCCUCGUUCUUGUCACGCUGCCAAGAUGCAAUAUCACUCAGCUGAGUUAGAAAGACGUCGUUGUAAAAUAUGAUGAAUUAUCCCCGUACGGCAGAGAGUGGGCCCGUCUGUGGGCGUGUGUACGUGAGAGUACGUGAGGGUGUAUAAAGAGGCUACGCUUGAGCGUGUGUGUCUGUUUUUUGUGAGGGAGUGCUAGCGGCGUGGCUGCGGCGCACAUGAGAGGGGGUGAGUGUGUGGGCGGGAAAUAAAGAGAGCGAGAGAGACCAGCCACAGGGUUACUACACGUUUAAUGGCGACCUUGUUGCUUGCGCACUUAGCUGAGUCGCUCCGAGCGAGCCUCUAAUCCUCCAACCUGGUGCGCGCACGCUUGAUUAGUGGCCUUGGUUAUCUGGCUAGAGGACAAGGCGCUGCCCCCUCCUUUGCUGGUCAGACUAGGGCACUGAAGGGUGUUAACCCCGAAGAAAAAGAAGAGCGAUAGAGAGACACUCGGACAGAGAGAGAGAGAGAGAGAGUAAGGGAGAAAAGGGGCAGGAUGCUAUUGAGGUGUAUUAGUAUUCAGUCAGAGCCUUACAGCCUGCAGAGCAAAUUGAUUACUACAUUGUACCUGUUCUUGGUGUCACAGCUUCAUAAGAAGGGCUACCACCAAAGGACCCUGUGGAUAGAAUUACUGGAUGCAAACUGUGAUUUAACUCAGUCCAGGAGCUUUGGAUCACACAUCCCGUCCCAUGGAAUCCCACAAGACUGACUCCAUAAUGAUCCUGUAUACUUCUUAACAGUGGCAGAUAUGAUUUUUACCAACAGUCUUGCUUAGCUUUCGCCUCCUGAAAGGGGGAAUGGCUUGUGAAAAUAAAUGAGGCCCUUUCUUUUCCUAAAAAACAAGGUUUGAAAGCUAAAAACUGUGAAGUCUUUUGGCAGAAAGUAACUGAACAAUUUUCCCCUCUAUUGUGGUGGCCAACCAUACAAGAGACUAUAGUAUUGAACAUGACUCAUGGGGAAGAGCCUGGCCCUGAAACACACCAGGAUUCUGCUGUAUUAACAUAUCUGGAAGGCUUACUCAUGCAUCAGGUAGCAGGAGGACAGGGUGCCACAGCAACACAGAGUGGCAACCAGGAGCAGAGGAAUAAGGAGGGAAGAGGGCAUGCCCAGUCCAAUCAUAGCACUCAACAGGAACCGAACCGGACAAAUUCCCACUGUGGAGCCUCGCAGCACCUCAGAAAGGCUCGUCUACUCAACUCAGAGGCCUGGACUGACAGCGAGAGUCUAAGGAGGUCAGCACCUCCUGCUGCACUCAAUGGGCAAAAUGAAGACCGUCACAGUGGUCAAAAUGGAUCCUCUCAGGAUAAAGGAGAAAGUACACUGCUAGCCAGUUUGCUGCAAUCUUUCAGUUCUCGACUUCAAAACGUGACUCUGCCACAGCAGAUUAUCCAAGGCUUGAGGCCACAAGACACCUCUUGUCAGAUAAGCAAGGCUCCGCAAGAGCAGAGGGCUUGCCACAGACCUGCUUCAAGCCACCUCAAAGGGUUAGUAAACAAAAGCAAAAUGACGAAUCACAGCAACAGUGUGCCUUAUCAACGUAGACGGUCUAGCCAAGAAAGUUUUUCAGAAUCUCCGAAAGCUCUAAAGAGUAGUACACCUUCCCCAUCCCCAGAAUCUCUUUCUUGUACUGAACGCCUCAAAGCUGUGGCAAACCUGGUAAAUAUCAGAUCAAGUCCUGCUCCAUCGCCCAAACCAAGUGUGGCCUGCAGUCAGCUUGCUCUUUUGCUCUCUAGUGAAGCUCACCUGCAGCAGUACUCAAGAGAGCAUGCCCUAAAAGCCCAACUCUCUGGACGACUAGCCAGUGAAAGACUUUCAGCCAUGGCCACACAGCAAAAUCACGAUAAAAAGCAACUAACCACUUCCAGCCAGGCUCAUGGUCUAAGCCUCUUACACACUCAGAAUGGAAUAGCAUCACAAAUGUCAACAAGCUCAAGCAGACAGAGUCCAAACCUAGGAUUGGGGCAAAGAAGGGCAGAAGGAUCCAUGAGGACAGGUCAUCGCUUAAGAGAGCGUCGACCUUUUGAGAAACCAGGCAGACCAUCACAGAACUGCAGCAGUCUCCUCCUUCAACUUCUCAACAGUCACAACACAUCACAACGAAUUAAUGGCCAGGGACACUUGAAAGAUGACCUCAGCACCUUUGGAACUCGGAGCUCUCCUCUUUUUUCAGACAGCGAGCACUCAAACCCUGACAGCAGUUUCACAAAAGACAGCAGUGAUGCUGAGAGCACUUACUCCAGUUGCUCUCCGAUUGACCUGUCUCUGAAGACCAAAACACAUGUACAAACACCUGUAUCUACUUCCUCCUCACCUGCACUGGAAAGGGUCCCAGAAUGUUCAUUAAAUAGAUGGAAGCCUGAUAGUCUACCUUUUAAAGUAGCCAUGGAUCACAGAGAGGUGGAUGCUUGUGCAGAGAUGAAACCUCAUCAUAAGGUCACUCUCUUACAGUUGCUGUUGGAUCACAAAAAUAACGAGAGAGUAAAUAAAGGUCUGGAUAAUCCAGAUUUGUUGCAAUCUGUAAUCCCAAAUGUCACCAGUCCAUCAACAAGUAGCCAAAGUGUCUUCAGUACAACUAGUUGUAAGGAUACUAGUGAAUUUAACUCACACUGUGGAUUGAAUUGUAGGAGUCCCAAACUCUUGCCAACGUUUGCCCAAAGCAGAGACUCUAACAGCAGUGUAUCUCCGUAUACCGUUUAUGGAUCUCCUCAUUCCCAGUCUGUCCCCUUGGAUCUUUGUAAAACCAAACAACAUUCAAGUGAAAUAAAAGAACCUGCCUUUAGUGCUAGUAAAUUGUUACAGAAUUUAGCUCAGUGUGGAAAACAGAACCCAACCAUUUCUCCUCCAGUACAGGCACCUUUACCCCCUAUCAAACUCGUGAACCAAGAACUGAAAGUUAACCACCCUAUAACUUUACUGGAGCGACUCACCGCACCAAUUCAGAGCCCACAGCACCCAUUAUGGGAUGAGGCCAAUGCAAAAACUUCAGCUCAGCAUGUCUCGGAGAUCGAGAAUCUGUUAGAAAGGCGUACAGUUCUACAGCUUCUUUUAGGGAACGCGCCUCAGAAAGAAAAGUUAGGCAGUAAACGAAAAAGAGAUCAUGGUAGGAACAAUUCUAUAGAUAAACAGACAAAUCAGGCAUUAGGCCAAUAUACGACAAAUGGACCUUCUUUAGACAAUCCUAUUAAAACUGAACCUGUGGAGUAUGAUCAAGCAGAAGAAGGAUAUUUUGACAAUAACAAAAUGUCAAGGCAAUGCCAGAACUUUGUAGUAGAGCCUAAAAAAAGCACCAGUUAUCUUUCUCCAGGAAGCUUCAAGCAGGAACCACUGUCCCCAGAGGCUACCCCCAGAGAUGGCAUUCUGUGUAAUCUCUUAAAAAAGCGGCCUAACAAAACCCUUCAGGCAAACAAGGUAGACGACCUAAACAAGGGUUGUAUCAAAGAAGAAUCACUUGAAAUCCAGGGUCCAACAAUCCCAAAGAAGCGAAAACUUUCAAAAGAACUGGAAGACUACUCUACAAGUCAACAAGAUGGGUACUUAGAACGUUCAAGUAGGAUAAAGGACAACAGUGUUUUUUCCAUCACUGGAGAUCGAGAGGCCAGUGACCCAUCCAGUCCCCCAGAGGCAGACAGUCCACCAGCUAGUUUUCCACCAUGUGAGUCUACUGAAAACCGAGGAUUCAAUGUCCUAAAGCAGCUGCUACUUUCAGACAACUGCUUAAAGGAAUUGUCUCAGCCAAGGGGUACAUUCAGUUCACCAUCACAUAAUGUGCUGUAUGGGAAUACAUUCAAGCAGCCGUGUAGUGAAGGUGAGCUUCAGAACUUUCACCGGAGCCUGAGCCCCAGCAAUGUGAUUUUUAAAAGGGCAAGCAACCACAUACCUGAAUCUUCCCCUGUUACACUGCAGGAGACAUCAAGGUCAAAAAUCGAUUAUGCCUCGAUAAAGGACUUGAAGGUCCCAGCAAAGAUGGUUAAUGGAGAUGAUCAAACACAAAAGUAUGAUGGAGACAUGCCUAGGUUUACCAAGACUAACCCUAUUUUGUACUAUAUGCUCCAGAGGAGUAAUGCACAUCUGGUCAAAGAGGGAAAGGAGCUGGAUGCCGACACAAGACAAAUUCAGACAAAGGUCAAAAACGGGUCCUUGGGUGAUACUGGGGCCUUUGAACUUUGAAACUUAAACUUCAUAGAAUUACAAUGAAAAACUUAUAAGUUGUGACUCACCACGGCUAAACGGGUCAUUGAAGAAACGUUUCGAGCUUUGCUUGGACUAGAAAUGUGCUUUUUUUAAUCCAUGAUUGAUACUUUGUGUUUCAAUUGAGUCAUCUUGCAUUUCCACUUUAAUUACAUUUCAUUUAGUUUGCAAAGAACAUGAAACCAAAGUUCAUUUGAAUACUUAAAAGCACCAGUUUCUGUCUCUUCUUUCUCAAGUUUUGCCCUACAACAGAAAAGAAAGUUUUAUAUGAAAGGUGUGUGACAGAUAUGCCCUCGUGUAUUUCUAACAGUAUCAGUUCCCACUCCAUUUUCCACACAUGGGUGGACGUUUGGCCUCAGGCGGUAAAUUAUGAUGCACUGAUGCACAUGAUGUGUAAACAGAUUGUGCCUCAGCAUAUGCAAGUAAAUAUUCUUUAAUUUACAAGGCGAUGGGAGAAAGAAACGUAUAUUGUUACAUGUGCCAGGAUGGUUUGAAAUGUCACAGUAUUUAUACAAACAUUCAAAGAAACAAGAUCUGUCGCCUUUUCUGAAAGAGAGGUGUGGCUUCUGUAUUCUUCAGAUAAACAUAAAAAAGAUAUUUGAAUAAUGAAUCCAUCAGUAUUAAAACAUCUUGAUAUACAGUGUGUAUGGUAUGUGAAGUGUGUAUUCUUUAAUUUAUCUCUCUCCCUUUCCCAUUGUUGUAAUGUGCUUUUAUUCUUUCUUAGCAUUUACCUCUUUCAAGACAGCAGUUGAUUUUAACAGUACACUAGAAGAAUAUGACGAAUGAAUAUAACAAAAAAGUUACUACAAAUGACUGCUUUUUGCUCAUCUGUUUUGUAUAAGUGUAUUUAUGAACAGGUCUUGGUAUUAGCAUGUGUCAUAAGAUGUUUGUUGUAUUAUGCAAGAGAUUGUUGCAUCGACUCGAGACAAAUCAAGCCAAUCACAACGCAUUGGUUCCCACAAAACAUGUUUGCUGAUGUGAUGUUUUCCAGUCUUAUGUUUGACAUACUGACAUGUUAUUUUUCAUCAAUCUUAAAGACUCGUUAUAAACUAUAUUUAUGUACAUAGCAUAAUCUUUAUGAAAGACAGCUAUUUUGUAUGAGUGAAAAGCAUUUUAGUUUUGAAAUUUCUUAAAGAGACUUCAAAGUAAAUGCCAUGUGAAUAUGUACAUACUGUAGAGGAUGAUUUUGUUCCUUCUUUUGCAUGUGUCUCCUGAUGAAAACUACGAUAAUCUGUUCUGCAAUAUCUUGUGUUAUGUCAGAUAUUUAAGAGUACACUGCUGCCUGUUGCAUGAAGAUGCAUGAGAAGGUUCCUAUGUAUUCCUGGACAUGGGGAAAUUCAA